AAUCUCAGUGUCCUCAGUUCCUAAUGCAUACUUGAAAUGAGCACAAGGGCUGGGCGAGUGACUGCGGAGGUGCGCCUUAAAGAGAAAAAGACCUUCUAUCUGUCAGACUGAGGGAGGCACAGACCAUCCUCAUUAGCACAGUCAUGAUCGGCAAGCUGAUACUAAUAACUUGGCUCCAGAUGGUACUAUCACGGAGUGUCUUCCAACAAAGUAGUUCCACAAAAAGUGAAACAUGUCCACCAUCUCUGUCCAGAGGAUGGGGCGAUUCACUUGACUGGAUUCAAACAUAUGAAGAAGCCUUGCACCGAGCCAGAACCAAUAACAAGCCUCUGAUGAUCAUUCAUCAUUCAGAAAGCUGCCCAAAAAGUAAAGCUCUGAAGGAAGCUUUUGCCAGCCAUGCUGAAAUUCAAAAUAUGGCUCAAGAACACUUUAAUAUGUUGAACCUUGUUUUUGAAACUAAUGAUCACAAUAUUUUUCCUGAUGGUCAAUAUGUGCCAAGGAUCCUUAUCGUUGAUCCAUCGCUGACAGUAAGAACUGAAAUUACUGGAAGUCAUGCAGAUCAGAAAUACAAAUAUGAAGACAAAGACAUUGAGAUAUUGCAUGAAAACAUGAAAAAAGCUUUGAAGCUCCUCAGGCUUGAUUUAUAAGAACAAUUAAAGAUGAAACACUUGGAAGAUUCUGACAACUUGUUGACUGCUGCUUUUCUACAACCAGUGUUUGUAAAAAAGAAUCUUAAAUGUCAUGGACUAUGUAUGAUGUUGCAUCAUGAAUGAAGUGUGUCCUAUUCUUUCAAGACAACAAAGUCAUGGUCCAAGGUCUGGGCAUGCAAUAUUUUACUUUUAAUAACAAUAUUUAUAUGAAACCAAGUGUGAAAAAGGCAUUGAACAGAAUAAUGAAAUAAUAUAUAAACAAUGUAAAGAGGAAAUUAGGUUGAAAAUGAUAUUUAUAACUAUAGAUGGCAUUAUGGAAAAAUGUAGAAGGUAACCUACUGUCAAGGACGCUGGAACAAGAGACACAGUAUUACUAACAUACUUGUAACAUAGGGCUUGAUGUAUUGGCACACCUGCUAGGCACAGCCAUAAGGCCUCUCUCUACGUAAGACACUCGUCAACUCAGUAUUUAUUAUGUCCUAAUUAACAUUAAGGAGGCUAACCGGUGCCAAUGAUAAGACAUUGAAAAUAAAAGCUGCUGAUGAUUUAA